AACGUUAGCUAGUUAGUUCUGGACAAAUGGACAAAUUGUCAGACGUCCUUGAAGAUUAGCGCAAGAAGAACUAACGAGGAAACACGUAAGGGUCAAAUGGUCAACGGUAGAACGGCAGGUCUCACAAAUCACUGAACGAAACUUCAGCAGACAUUUAUGAUACUAUGCACCAGAACUGCAAACAUAUAAAAUACGUCUCUGUUGCACAAUUCACGCUUGUAUUUGAUGCCAAUCUAAAUACAUGUCACAAGAGUAAUUAAUUACCUAGCUAAUAUAUCAGCUUGUUUGAUCAGUUCCAUUCACCAAUGCCCAGGGGACAGGUGGAGCGUCCAAAACUAUUGACGCGUUCGUGUUGUAAGAAGUGUAGAUUUCUUGUGGUCGUCUAAAAACGUGACACGGAUCUGGGUUAUCUACUUGGUUAUUUUACGCAUAUGUUAUACCUUAGUAGAUCGAAUGUAAGCUCCAGGCUACCCCGGAAAAGCACAGCAUGUUGAGGAUGAUUCUGCCUCUUGUUAUUGGUUUGCUUUACACAGAGUGUUUGGCAGCAGGCUACGUCCGUUUUAACGGAGUCUUCUACAAGAACUUCGCGGAGGAGAAGACGUACGAUGAUGCCAGACAGACGUGUACCGCAGACGGGGGACUGCUGGCCAUGCCGAAGGACAGCGCGACCAACACUUUCAUCCGCGAUCUGGCAGGAGUUGAAGAUCGUUGGCUUGGCUUGAACGACAUCAACAAUGAAGGUCAGUUUGUAUAUGAAGACGGCCAAACCCUGGAAUCAUCCGGCUACAACAACUGGUUACCCGGUGAGCCGAACGAUCAUGGCGGCGACGAGGACUGCGUCCAUUUCAUUGGUUCCGGACACGGCUGGAAUGAUGCGCCCUGCAGCAUCGCCAAGGGAUUCAUCUGUCAGCUAUCCGUGGCACUCGGUGAUCCAUGUACCGACUACGUGGCGCUUGACGAGCCCUCCAGGAGCGCCGGCAGCGUCGCGAGUCCAGGCGAUCAGUUACGUUGCGACAGCGGCCUGAGGACCCAGUGGUACCGGUUCGUCAGUCCGGCAGGGGGAGAGAUCCCGACGAACUGUUCUCUUCUGGCUCCCAGCAGCUGCUCAACGGUCGGACCUGUUUGGAUGAAAGGCUCUCUUCCGAUCAUAUCUGACGGUGAAGCCACGAGGCAAGCGUGCCGCAGGUCCUUAAAUACUGGAGACUGUGAGGCCAACUGCUGGGAGAUCAGAGUCAAGCAGUGUCCUUGGACCCCUGAGCCGUUCUAUGUCUACUUGUUAGGGCCCACGCCUGGCUGUGAUGAAGCAUACUGUGCAGGGACCGAAGUGCCAUGCCCACCAGGACAGAGCUCUGAAAACUAUGGAUUCACACCUGGCUGUUCGGCCAACUUCCCCGACAUUACGACCAACCCACGAUUGACCGACGGCACGGAACCUUACGAAGUCGUGCUGUUCUGCGACUUCGACCCACCUCCAUGGAACAACCUGACGUUCGAAGUCUUCUGGGUCGCCGACAACAGUCCCAUCUUCGAAGAUGAGUUGGUAAAUGGAGAGACCAGAUCUGUCUUGAUACAAGAUGAUCUGAUAGCUGGAAUGGGAAAGACGAUCACCUGCAAAGUCCGCGGCAGGUACAUAAGCGGAGGCGCCCCUGGCGUGCUUGAGAUCAGUAACGAGUUCUACGCUGGAGUUAAGAUUCUUACGCCGGACAUUUUGAUCGAGGAGGGAGGUGAGGCAAAGAACAUACAGUUCCAACCUACCCUGCCGCUGGUCUGCACAGAGAUUUCAACAAUAUGGGGAAUAGAGUGUGAGCUCUCAAUACAAAUUGUGUUUAAGACUGUAGACUUUUCUGCCGACCGUAUCUGUGAGGGAAGUCUGCCAGAAGCUGUUCAAGAGACGUGCAGUCUUCACUUCAAUAAGGACACCUGGACCGGAGUUAUUGAGUUUCCGGUGAAGGCCGUCAGUGACUGCAUCGCUGACGGGUCAAAGCGUAUGAAGAUCGGAUUCAACCCAUUUUCUGCUGACUCUGCCCCCCUGUGGGACAAGUACCAAAUUGGGGACGUCUUUGUCACCACUCGCAACAACGAUCCGGACGGGGAUGUCGUGUGUAAAUCCACAGGGGAUCCGCACUACACCACUUUUGACGGAAGGUACUAUCAUAUAUACCAGGCUGGAACAUUCACCCUGAUGAAGCAUCGGCUCCUCCCCAUUGAGAUCCAGACCAGGAUGAAAAUGUGUGGUGCUGGGAGUGUGGCCUGUAACUGCGGCGUUGCUAUCAGAGCUGGGAAUGAGGUCUUCAUCAUCACCAAGUGCAAAGACGGUGUUGAGAGGUUCAGCUACUCCACAGGCUCCUGGGUUCAAUUUGAAUCAUCUCUCGCCACAUUGGUGCAGCACCAUGGUCCCGUAGGACAGGACACGCGUUUCUACUACAAAAAUGGCGGUGACCAGUAUUUGGUCUACUUCCCAACAGGAUCGUGGAUGGACAUCAGAGUGAUAGGAGCGCUCAAAAAUUAUCUGAACAUCUAUUUCUACCCUUCCGCUGACGACUACGGUAAAACUAUUGGACUGUGUGGAACGUUUGAUGGUGACGAUAGAAAUGACGGUCUUCAUGCAGAUCUUGUGACCGUGUCACCGAUAGGUUACGAUCAUGACAUCACCAACAGUGCCUUCGUCACAAGCUGGAAGCUUCCAGAUGACGAAAACCUCUUCACUGGCAGCUUGGAUCCUUCACCUUUUCCUCUAGAUGAGCGACAGUACUGCGAAUGCAGCAGGGAUGGCGCUCACCAGGAAGUGAGUUGUAACUCAUCGUACGCCUUCAACUGCCAGUGGAAGUCGGCCAGUGCACGUGCCAGACCGGUCGUGGAACAACAGAACGCGCGCAGGAGAAGGGACACCAGCUACAACGACGAAGUCUACGAUGACGACAUGUUUGGUUUCGACUACAAUGAGCCGGUCACUCCUGUGGCUCCCCCCACCUGGCCUGCACCGAACGGGAUGACGGAGGCAGAAGCCAGAGCGUUCUGUGAGGGCGCCAUGACGGGUUCCCCAUCAGGAGAACUGUGCACGUCAGUUCUUGGAGACAAAAUUGAUUUGUCAUCAGCCGCAGAGUCGUGCGUGGUAGACAUCCAGGCAACCGGUGAUACCACGUGGGCGGAAACUGCUGUGGAAACCAUGGAAACCAGUUGCGGCGGUUUGCUGUACAAAAACACGUCCUUCUGGGCAAGCAACACCAGCGAGACAAACAACGGUACCCUUACACCUCCGUCCUUCUUCUACGAAACCGUCUCGUGUCCAGGUAACUGUAGCCAGAAGGGAAUCUGUGAGAAGGGAGAGUGCGUCUGUCAGGUGGGGUAUGAGGGUCCGUCCUGCUCCAUAGAAUCAGACAAACCACCAGACGCGUUCUUCAUCCCGAAGGAAGGUAUGUGUGACAUCAAUACCCGGCCGUGCGAACGGACUCCCGUCAUCGGACAGAACUUCCUGGAGUCGGAGAGUCUGACAUGUUCUUUGCAGGCGGCACAGGUGCGUCUUCUUUCUGGUGGCGGUGUGCACGUUUGUUUUGAGAUCGUAAGUCGUGAAUAA